AUGCCACCUAAAAGGAGGAAACUUUUGGGACGGCGCACGGCAGCUGCCUCCGCUGCUAGAGCAGCGAGGGCGAGUGAAACCCCUGAACAGACCUCUUUGCGUCUUUCACAGAUGGCCUCGAGCUCAGCUGCUCGCUUAUCCAUGGAAAGCGCCGCUGCGCGGACUGAAAGAUUGGCUUCAGCGGCUUCAACUAUGUCCUCACGCCGCGCCAGGGUUUCAGUUGAAGAACGUUCACUUCAGAAUUCACAGGGCGCAGUCCGCGUGGCCAGGUUGAGGGCUUCACAGUCCCCAGGACAGAAAACCCUUCGUCGUUAUCGUGAUGCUUGCUCCAGAAGUUUAGAAAGCCCCGAACAAACAACUUCACUUCGUCAUAGGAAUACUAGGGCUACAGCCGCUUCUAGAGCUUUGGAACAACCUCAAGAAACCGCUCAUUGUCGCUUUAGAAAUGCCCUAUCAGAAAGCCUUAGAAAGCCCUGCACAGACCACUGUUCGUCGCAUUAUAAAUGUCCGCUCCACUGCAUCUGCUAG